GUGUAGUUGCAUGUCAGCACUAGUUAUAUGUAUAGCGGCACGUUAAUUUGUUAGUGCUCUUUCGUUAUUGAAAGAGGAAUGUAUACUUAUCACGCUGCGCCUUGGUCUCAUCGUUACGAUGAACGUGACACUAACCUAUGGUCUACAUGAACAUAAGACCCUUGCAGCCUACUGUGGGAUCCUCAAAAAGAGACAUCAGCACGUUCACAAGACCUCUGACACAGCAAAGGGAGCCGUUGGUGUUUUCACCUAUGAGAUGUUCAGUCCCUCCAAGAAGAAGCACACUGAGAUAAUAGCUGUCGUGUUCUCUGUGCCCUAUGACUAUAACUGGUACUCCAACUGGUUUGCAGUGGGAGUCUUCAACAGGGACAAAGGCUGUGAUGACCCUCUUUAUGAUGAGAUGUAUAACAGUGGGCAGAGGAAAUGUCAGGCAAGGUCAAGCAAAUGGCUCCAGUAUCAUGUGACCAUCAAGGCCUCAACAUCAAACAGUGGCUGUGCAGUCGUGAAGGUGUGUGACAAUUGACAGCGUAGACAUUACUAAAGAUAAAUCACUGAUGGUGUCCAAGUGUUUAUAUGCAAUUUCAAUUAGAUUUUUCCAGAAUAACUUUAACUCUAGUCAAUAAAUGGCAAACUA